UUGGAUACGUUGAUAACUCCCAGCCGCGACUCGUCGCGCCACCACACGACGCCCCUCUCCCGUUCACCCGUCCCGAUUCCGGAUCACUCCCUCUCCUCUCCACUCCCUCACCGAGAUAUUUCACGCGGCCCGCCCGCCAUGUCGCUGCUCGCCGUCGUCACCAGCCGCGCCGCGGCCGUGCGCCCGCUUCGCGCCUCGGCGGCCUCGGGAGAGGCGGCCGCCGCGGACCAGCCGGCGGAGAGGAGGCCGGUGAAGAUAAUACUGCCCAAGAAGAAGCCGCAGAAGUGGUCCACGGGGAUGGAGCCAGGGUCGUACGGCGGCGGCCCGACCACCAUCAAGCCGCGCAAGUACUGGAUGGGCAAGGAGGACCGCGACCCCAUUGGCAACACCGACGACUUCAUCUGGAACAAGAACUUCCUCCCCCACAUGGAGCGCGUCAUCGCCAACGGCGGCACCGACACGCCCGCCACCAUCCCACGCGUCACGCAGGAGGACGAGGAUUCAGGGUUUCUAAGCAUCAACCGCGCAAUGGACCUUGACAGUAUGGAUGUUGAUCUGAGCAAGGAGCUUCUGGCGCCAGCCAAGUCAAUCUUGCAGACCCAGCUCAAGGCUGCCCGCCGUGGACGAUCCACUGGCGUUCAGGCUGUCAAUAGAUCCACCUUCAUUAGAUGGAAGCUAGCUCCGACUCGACGGGAACAGGAGCAAUGGGACAGAGCGACCAGGGCAACCACCGGUGGCAUUGAUGUCAUACUAAGGGAGUCGCAACAGAAGGUGCAGCUGAAAGGGGACCCUAAGGUGGUGGCAGCUGAGGCCAGAGAGCAAUACCUUAAGUUGAAAGAAAGGUUGCAGUUGCUUACUUUAGGUAUUGGUGGCAUCGGUGUGGUUUCUGCUUAUGUUUCAUACACUCCUGAAAUCGCUGCGAGCUUUGGUGCAGGGCUGAUUGGAUCUCUGGUGUAUCUCCGCAUGCUUGGAACCAGUGUGGAUUCUCUAGCGGGUGGAACUAAAGCAGCUGCCAAGGGCGCUGCGGCACAGCCAAGAUUGCUUAUUCCAAUGGUUCUUGUGAUGAUGUACAAUCGAUGGAAUGCGAUACUAGUUCCAGAUUACGGUUUCAUGCACCUGGAGUUGAUACCCAUGCUCGUUGGGUUUUUCACCUACAAGAUUGCAAUGUUUACUCAAGCGAUUCAGGAAUCAAUACCUGAUGUUGGAAACCGCGAAGCUUGAACGCUGCUUUGGCUAAUAGAAGAACAGAGAGAAGGUUGUUGCCCUGAGGGGAGAUUGGUCACCAUUCAUCAAUAUAGUUCUAUUAAGGUUUUGGAAGAGUGUAAUCUGCAGCCUGGAGAUUUCGCCAAGUACUAAAUCAGAUUCAGGCCGACGAUACUGUCUGAACAUAUCGACUGAUUAACAGCAUUCCGCUGAAAAAGUUUACAUGACUGUGCGAAGGGAAGCUGGCAUACAGGAUUACAGGUGUGCUGUCAAAUACUACAAGUUGUGUACAAUGUACGCCUCUGAACUUUUGGUGCAUUGACCCCGAAUCACAUGCCAUGGUUGAGUCGACAUUUAAUUUGAGCAUUUAACAUUAUGUGCACAAGGAGGUCGGCAGGACUCGGAUCAGUACAGAAUGUAAAUAGUGAGGGUUGUUAGUACAGUACAAUACAGUAGCUCCGGAAGCUCUCUUUUACAAAGUAUAGUAAAAAAAUGUUAUUAUUUC